UGGGAGUAAACAGAGGAGCUCUGAAGUUAUUUUCCCUCUUCCGUUCAGUCUGUGAGGAGGAUGGAGCUGGAAAUCUAAAUAGGGCAACUGGAGCCUGCAAAUUUCCAGCCAAGCUCCAAGCCUGACUUUCUUUACCCGCCUCACCCCUUCAUAAAACCCCCCGAUCUCUCUCCAGAACUUGCAGAUUCCUCGACCCUCUGACCAUGAACCUCUGGGCUGUGCUUUGCUUGACUCUGCUCGUGGUAGAGCUCCAAAAUGGUGCCUGCCAGCAGGUCAAGCGAAGAAAAGACAUCGGAGAGAACCGCAUCCGGCCAGGUGGGAAACGGGUAAAGGUGUGGCCUACGCUGAAAGACGGACGAGGCAGAAGCCAUUCACUCCUGACGCAGGUGUUGGAUAAAGGCCGCUUCCUCCGCCUGGGCCAGAGCACCAUUUUGACUCCUGGGAAAAACAUGGAGCUGCGCUGCAAAGGCAGCAAAAUCGGAUGGUCUUACCCGACUUACCUGGAUACUUUCAAUAACUCACGCCUCAGCAUCAAGCAAAGCGACAAGUACAGUCAGCUGAUCCUGACGUCGCCCUCUGCUGCCGACACGGGGGCUUACAGCUGCUGGGUGAUAGUAUGUGAUGGCACAGAGUGUGAGAAGGACCACGAUCGCGCCUACGUCUCAUACAUCUAUUUCAAAGACAAAGACAACCUCUUCGUUCCAUCCACCAUGCACUUUGAGAUUGUGUAUCUACGCCCAGACCAGCCUGCCGUGGUUCCCUGCCGUGUGACCGAGCCACAGGCCAAGACAUCCCUGCACAGAGAGGUCCCCCCGGUGGAAAUCACAGCAAAUAUGACCCAGAUGGCAUAUGAUCCCACCAAGGGCUUCAUCCUGCAAAACCCGAGGCCAGAGCACCAGGGAGUCUUCUACUGCAAGGCUGAGACCAUGGACACCCCUCAGAUCUCCACAAAGUACCAGCUGCUUUAUGUGGAGGUUCCCAGUGGGCCACCGUUUGUGAGCCUUGAAGCCUCUCCAGACUCUGUGAGAGGAGGCGACAACGUCAAUGUAACCUGCACAGUGCUGGGAGAGCCAGAUGUGGACGUGAGCUUCACUUGGACUUAUCCUGGUCAGGGCUCCCGACCCGUUCACAUCCAGACUUCCUGGAGGUUGGUUAACAGAGGUAUGGGCUACACCACGCGCGUCACCCAGAGCAUCCUGACGGUAGAGGACAUGGAAACCAUCGACUUUGGAGAAUACAUGUGUAAAGCCAAGAGCCAGCAUGGCGAGACAAUCGUGGGGACCACCAUCUCCAAAUAGCCCCAAACAACCUGACCUGCUGGCUCCAUCUGAUAUUCAAGAGUUUUUGACACAUUUGUGUGUCUUUUUUUUAAAUCUAUGAAAUACAUGAAAUC